CAGGAGAUUUAGACCCUCGGUUUAAAUCACUUUUGUUUCCGCUUCCAACAACGGAGGAACUCCAGUGAAACAGUGAUAUUACUGCAAAAAUAACGCGCUUUCUUCGUUUAUGAACCCUAAACUACACCAGACAGGAGCGCAAUAAGGAACAGAGUGUGGAGAGUUGUUUCCGCUGCUAAGGAGAAGGAGCCAUGCCUUUAACAAGGAGAAAGAAAUGUGCUGUCCCCGUUGGGAGCAAGCUGGCCAACGUGAAGGCAACAGCGACCGAAAACCAGGAAGACGGUGCUCAGGUGAAGAGGUCCUCCUCUCCUCCUCACGGGGCCCCCAAGAAGAGGACAGCUUUCAUAGACAUAACCAAUGCUCAUAAGGUUCAGAUAAGCUUUCCUGGGAGAAAGAAAGAAGCAGGAAAGAAGGUGGUGAAGAAGACCACCUCCAAGUCCGUUCCUGCAAAGAAUCGAGCAAACUCGCUAAAGUCGUCCUCUGUGAGCUCAGAGGGAACGACCUCUGAGAAGGAGAAGACUGAUGUAGAGGAAGAGAAGCAAUGGGAGGUUCCAGCUCCAGUGGAAGAGCUGGUGGACAAGGUGCCCCCUGCUGUUCCGGACACGCCAGUGCACCUUAAGAAGCAGCAUAUCCCAAAGGAGUUUGACAUCGACUCUGAGAACUCUGAGGACAUCUACAUUUGUCCAGAGUACGCAAAGGACAUCUUUGAUUACCUAAAACAGAGGGAGGAGAAGUUCAUCCUGACCAACUACAUGCCCAGGCAGCCCAGUCUGAACCCAGAGAUGAGGGCGAUCCUGGUUGACUGGCUGGUCGAAGUGCAGGAGAACUUUGAGCUGUAUCAUGAGACCCUCUACUUGGCCGUUAAGAUGACGGACCACUUCCUGUCUAAGACGCCCGUCCACAAGGAGAUGCUGCAGCUCGUCGGCUCCACCACCAUGCUCAUCGCCUGCAAGUUUGAGGAGAUCUCCCCUCCUUUUGCCGAGGACUUCCUUUAUAUCUGUGAUGACGCGUACACGAGGGAGGAGCUCAUCGCCAUGGAGGCCAACAUUCUGAAGACGCUGUCGUUCGACAUCAACAUUCCCAUCCCCUACCGGUUCCUCAGACGCUAUGCCAAGUGUGCGAGUGCCGGCAUGGACACGCUGACUCUGGCUCGGUUCUACUGCGAGAUCAGCCUGAUGGAGAUGGACAUGGUGUCGGUCAGAGGAUCGCUGCUGGCCUCGGCCUGCCUGCUGAUGGCGCUGGUCACCAAAGACCUGGGUGGAUGGUGUCCCAUCCUGCAGUUCCACUCUGGCUAUCAGACGUCAGACUUGGCACCCGUCGUCAGACGGCUCCACUCGCUGCUUUUAGCUCCGCCCGACGAUAAACUGAGAGCUGUCAGGAACAAGUACUCCCAUAAGGUAUUCUUCGAAGUUGCGUCUCUGCCUCUGGUUAACGUUGACAUCUUGGAGAAAGCUUUAUCAUCUCAGUGAGGAGGUCAACAAGUAGAGGAAUGUAAAUACUUUGUUAAUAUGUUUAAUAUUUAUAUGUGUAGCUCAGUUCGUCUUCCACAGAGUAUUGGAAAUAAAACGUGUUUUAAGUUGGGCAUUUGUUAACAUGUUCAAGACUUUUUAAAAUCAUUUCAUUGUGUUAUUUCUUCUUUUUUUUUUUUUUUUUUACAAGUUAUUAUGAGAUCUCGAUUCAUUAGUAAUGUGUAAGCUUCAGCUGUGUGUAUGUAUAAGAUACAAAACCUAAAAUUGACUUCAGAUUUCUAAAAGCUUGAUUUUACUAAUGAAUGAUGUACCGGCCCAAGAGUUUUAUAGCUUUUCUUGCUGUUAAAUAUUUGCACGUGUAUCCAUGUUUCUACAGGGUUUAUCAUGAUAAUGCCAUUUGUACCAAAGAUGGCAUUGUGCUACUUUGAAAAAAAAUGGCUGUCAUGUGUCAGCUUAAAAUAAAGACCCCAGUUUUAA